AUGAAAACGUUUACUAGAAAUAGAAGUGUAUAUUCAAGUAGUAUAUCUGAAAAUGAGACAAAAUUAAUUAAUAAAAGUGAAAAAACUAUUGAACAUAUAAAAAAUAAAUACAAAAAUGAUCAAUAUUCAAAUUGUCUUAACAUAGAUAACAGUUACAAAGGUGAACAAAAGAAAAGAAAGGAAGAAAAUACAGGUAUAGAAAUUGAUACAGAGAAAGAAAAAGGAAAUUGUGAUAACUCAAUUCUGGGUAAGUCAAAUAUUAAAGAAACUAUAAAAAAUUCGAUAAAUAAUGGAAAAAAUCUUUUCAAUAAAUACAAAACUUUAUUCACAAAGGACAAAACAGAUAACGAAGAAAUAAGACAAGAUAUGAAUGACACUGAAAAAAAUAAUAGUAAUAAUGAUAGCAAUAAUAGCAGUAACAGUAAUAAUAGCAGUAACAGUAAUAAUAGCAGUAACAAUGAAAGAAAUAGUAGGAGUUAUAAUGUGGGGAGUGAACCCAUAGUUUUCAAUAAAAAUAGCAUAUAUACAACGAAUAGGGGGUAUGAUUUAAUAGAUAUAACAAAAAGUAGCAAAUAUUCUGACGUUAGAAAAGAUUAUAGUAAUAGUAGUAAUGAUGAACGUAAUAAUAACGCAUCAAAUAGAAACUACAGUGAAACAGUUAGCUCUAAGAGAAAGUUUUACGCACUUGAAGAGUUAAAAACAAAUAGCCAUGUAGAUUUAGAAAUGUAUGAGUCCUUGUACGUCACUAAUAAAAAACACACGUAUGGUAGACAGGGUUCAGAAAACAUUUAUAAUUCUUCUAAUACGGAUACUAAAGAAAAUAAUAAUGGCAAUUCAAUUUUAAUAGACUGUGAUAAUAUAAAGAAAGAGGACAAGAAAAUGAAUAACUACGAAUUUUAUAAAAACAACAUAAAUAAUGGAGAAUAUUUAGGUAAUGUGAAAGGGAACAAUAUAAAGAAUGUGUUUGUUAGAAAUGAUGAUAAUAAAAGAUGGAUCGAAGAAAAUAAGGAAACAAAUUUUAACUUUCCAUAUAGUAAUAGAACAUAUAAAGAGAAUAUAAACAAUAAUCAUGAUAAUGUAUAUAAAAAUAAUAUUAGGUAUAAUUCUACUACUGUUGAUAUUCCGAAACCUAAUAAUAAUUCAAAUAAAAUAGAUAUUAAUUUGUUAUAUAAUAAUAAUAUAGAGAAAUUGAAUAGCAACUUAUCCGCUUACAAUGAUUCAAAUAAAAUAGCUCAACUGCAGGAGAAAUACAAUAAUAAUUUUAUUUAUGAAAAAGAGUAUCCUGUUCAUAUAAAUGAUAUUAAGGAAAAAGCAAGUAGUAAAAUCAAGAAGGACAUCAGUGCUACCUAUGCUAAUAAUUUGGCCUUAUACAACAAUAAUGCCAACAACAAUAAUUUCAACAACAAUAAUAAUAACACUAACAACAAUAAUAAUAACACUAACAACAGUAACAACAAUAACAACAAUAACAACAAUGACAACAAUAACAACAAUAACAACAAUAACAACAAUGACAACAAUAACAACAAUAACAACAAUAACAACAAUAAUAUUAACGGUGGUAACGACAACAUCUCGAAAAAUGAGUUAAGAAGUAGCUUUUUAAACAACAUAGUAAAUAGCAGGAAUAUGAAAGAGGGGAAUUGUAUAAAGGACAAGAAAGGUUCAAAUGAAAAAGAAUUGGAGUUUUUUAAUCGAUUUAAUUAUAACAGUGAUGGUAGGAAUAAAGGGAUGAACAAUACAGAUGUGAAUAAUAAAAAGCAGAAAAUUCUAGAGAAUCUGAUGAAUAUUAACACAAACUAUGAUGAAGACAAAAGUAAAACUAAUUUGAAUAUGAAUGACAUAAAAAGAAAUUAUUUGGAUAAUUUUUAUAGAAAUAAAAAUAUAAAUAAGUUCGAGUAUAAAAAUGCUCAUCAUAAACGUUCCAGUUCUAGCAAUGUGGAUAUGGGAAGACAAGAAAAUGAGAAAAUUAGUAAUUACUUAAAUUAUGCUGAUGAUACACAAGCUAGAAUAAAUUACUACAAUGAAAGAGGAUCGGGGAAUAUUUCAGCAUAUGAAAGAUAUCUGCAGUUAAAAAAUGACAAUAGUAAUAAAAGUAAAAAUAAUAAUAACACGAACUCGAAUAGUAACGGUAACUUCAUGAGUAACAAUGUAAAUGAUAUAAACGCCAAAGAGAUAAAUCGCAAUACUAACAUUAACAGAGAUCCGAUGAACAAUAAUAGAGGCGACAAUAAUAAUAGAGACAACAGUAACAGGGGAAAUAACAACGUUAAUUAUAAUGUUAAUCAUAAUGUUAAUCAUAAUGUUAAUAAUAAUGUUAAUCAUAAUGUUAAUAAUAAUGUUAAUCAUAAUGUUAAUAAUAAUGUUAAUCAUAAUGUUAAUAAUAAUGUUAAUCAUAGUGUUAAUCCUAAUGUUAUUCAUAAUGAUAAUCAUAAUGUUAAUCCUAAUGUUAUUCACAAUGAUAAUCAUAAUGUUAAUCCUAAUAUUAAUCCUAAUGUUAAAAAUAAUGUUAAUCAUAAUGUUAUUCAUAAUGAUAAUCAUAAUGUUGAUCAUAAUGUUGAUCAUAAUGUUGAUCAUAAUGCCGAUCAUAAUGCUAAUCAUAAUGUUAAUCCUAGUGCUAACUAUAAUUAUAAUCCUAAUGUUAAUGUCAAUAGGAGCGGAAGUAACUCGAGAAAUAACAACGAUCUGGCAAAUCUGGGACACCUCGAUUUGAAUGAAAUAAGAAAAAAACACUUUAACACUUUUAACAACAACACAGAAAACGAAUCAAAAUAUUUAAAUAAAAGAGAAAACUAUUUUGAGGAUAAAACAGAAAGUUAUACCCUAAAUGUCAUAAAUGAAAGGAACAAGAUGUCACAUUUAUUAAAUAAUUAUGAAGAUUUAUAUUCUUUUGAUAAAAAUAUAAAAAAAAAGAAUGACAUUAAAAACAUUGUAUGUGUAUGUCAAGCGAGUAAGCAAAUGGCUCGAUUACAACUACACAUGGAAGAGAGCAGACAGAUGUUAGAAACAGAAAAGAAUUUACUGAAAAAGAAAAAAGAUAAUUUUGAAAAGAAAGUAGAAAUGUUAGCGGAAAAAGAAAAAGAAAUAGAUAAGAUCCAUUCACAAAUUAAAGAUAAAGAAAUAACUAUUGAUAAAAAAAAGAACGAAAUUGAAGAAAAAGAAAAAUAUGUGAAUUCUAUAAAAUGUAAAUAUGACAAUGCCCAGAAAGAAUUGCUUGACAAAAUGAAUGAGUGUAUUACUAUUGAAAAUAAAUGUAAAAAUAAAUUAUAUGAAUACGAUGAAAAGUUUGGUCAAUUUAAUAAAAAAAUAAAAGAAAUGGAAGAACGAGAGAAGGAUAUAGAAAAUGAAAGAAAAAGUAUGGAAAGAAAAGAAAAAAUGUUAAAUAAUAAUAAAAAAGAAUUAGAAGAAGAGAAAUUAUUAAAUAUAAAAGAAAAGAAUGAACUUGAAAUGUUAAAAAAGGAAUUAGAAUCCCUAGAAAAAGAGAAAAAAAAAAUUAUAGAAUGUGAAUAUAACAAUUUGCAUAAUAAAGAAGAAGAAUUAAGACGAAAUGAAAGAAGUAAUUUGAUAAAAGAAAAUGAACUAAAAAGUAGAAUAGACAAGUACAAUGAAUUAAUCGAUGAAUUAAAUAAAAAUAAGAAGGAGUUAGAAAAUGAUAAAAUGAAAAUUUUAGACAACAUGCAAGAAGAAAGGAUGAAGUUGCUUAACGAAAAGAAUAACCUGAAAAAGGAAAAGGAUAAUGAGAUAAAUUAUAUGAAGGAGGAAUUAAAAAAAGAAAGAUCACUUAUGAUUGAAGAUGUAGAGAAGAUGAAAAUAAUUAUGCUAGAGGACAUUGAAAACACGAAAAAUGGAAUGCUACAAAAUAUGGAUAAAGAAAGUAACAAGUUAAGAGAAGAAUUAGAAAAUGAAAAAAGAUUGAUGAUAAAAAAUGUAGAGGAUGAAAAGGAACAAUUUAAAGAUUAUAUAGAAAAGAAGUGCAAGGAAAAUCUUCAAAAUGAAAAAUUGUUGUUAGAAAAAAAAUACGAAGAGGAGAAUAACAAACUACAGAACGAAAUGGCAAAUGAAAGAAUGAAGUUUGUUAAAGAUAGAGAUAAUUUUGAACAACAAAAAAAGAUAUAUGAAGAGGAAUUUCGAGAAAAAUGCGAGAAAUAUGAAGAAAGUAUACAGAAAAAAUAUGUAAUGUUAGAAGAAGAAAAAAAUAAAAUGAAAUAUCUUAUAAUGAAAGAACAAGAAGAAUUAGAGAAUUAUAAAAAGAGUGUGUAUCUAGAUAUAGAAGAGGAGAAAGAUAAGUUGUAUGUGCAACAAGAAAAGUUAAAUUUAGAAAAAGAAAAUUUAUUAGUAGAAAAAGAGCAAAUUGAAAUAGAGUUAAAAAAUUAUAAGAAUUUUAAGGAAAAAGAAGAAAAUGACAUAAAAAUUAGAAUUAUAAAUUUAUCACAACAACAAGAAGAUUUAAAUAAAGAGAAGGAAAAUUUAGAAAAAGAAAAAGAAGAAUUAGAAAAAAGAAAAUAUGAUUUAGAUGAAAGAGAGGAAGGAUUAAAUAAUGACAAGCUUCAAAUGGAACAAUCACGUAAAAUAUUUGACGAACAACUUGAUAAAAUAAAAAGGAAUAAGGAAGAAUUACUGAAUUAUGAUAAAGAAUUAAAGACAAAGGAAAUAGAUUUAAUUGAAAAGGAAAAGGAGCAUAAUAAGAAAGAAGAUGAACUGAGUAAAAAAAAGGAAAAAUUAAACAAGUUUGAUAGCGAACUUAGAGAAUAUAGUGAAAAGUUACAGGCUAGAGAAAAAAAACUUAAAGAAAAAAAAAACGAAUUGCAAAAAGUGAAAGAUCAAUUGGUUAAUUAUAAAAAUAGUUUAAAAGAAAAAGAUGCGCAAUUUCAAAUGAUUGAGAAGCGAGAAAAAGAGUUGUUAGAUGAACAAACAGUUAUUCACAUAGAUAGAAACAGUUUAGAAGUAGAGAAAAAACAAUUUCUGUUAAUGAAGGAAAAGCAUGAAAAAGAUACUGAAUUUAUACAAGAACAGUUGAAAUUAUUACAUGAACAGUUAAAAAAUAAAGAAAAAUCUCUUAAGGAGAAGGAAAAUGAAGUAAAUUUAUUAAAUAAAUUACAAGAUUGUCGAAGUAAGAGUGGAAAAGGUGCUAUUAUAUCAUUAAAAAAUCUUGAAAAUAGAAAAUAUAGUUCUAAUUUAUCUAGAAUAAGUAAUUCUAAAAAUAAGGUGAAAGUUAAAAUUAUCGGUAAAAAUAAGUUAGACAUAAUAAAAAGAAGAAAUAGAAAAAAAAGUAUAAAUUUUAACUACAACAAUUUGGAAAUCAAUAAUAGUAUUCAAUAUAUUGAUAGUAUGAUUAAUGAAAAUUUCAAAAAUAAAACUUUUUUAAAAUAUAAGAAUAAUAACUUAGGAUUAUCAGAUGCGAAUUUCACAUCUGAUGAAAUGGGCAAUCACAAGAGCACACAUCCUAAAAGUAAUAGUAAUAGUAAAAACAAUAUUAAUAACAAUAUAGAGUCUAAAUAUUUGAAUGAUAAGGAGUUGAAUUAUGAUAAGAACUCAGCGCAAAUAGAUAUGAUAUAUGACAAUAUUAACGAUAAGAAAUGUAAGGAUAUGUGGAAAAACAAUAAUAAAAAAAAAUAUAUUGCUGAUUACGCGGUUAAUGUGAUAGAUGGUGUUGGAUUUGGUACCACCAAUAAUAAUAAUGAGAACAAAUCAUUCAAGAACAAUUACUCUAGUGAGACUAAUAAUAGGGGUAAUCAUAGCAAUAUGUAUACAAAGUCCAGGUAUGACUUUGAAAAGGAUUCAUAUAAUGCAUCUAACAUGCACAAUGCGAUUACUGACAGUCGAUCGUCGAACAGUAAUUAUAUGAACGAAGCAGCAGAUGAGAACACAACCAAUUAUAAAAAACGCGAUGAUGUCAUUUAUUCCGACACGAAUGAAUAUUUCGGAAGCAAUAAUAAUAAUGAUGGUAAUAAUAAUAAUAAUGAUGAUGAUGAUGGUAGUAAUAAUAACAACAGAAGUAAUAAUAACAACAGUAGUAAUAAUAACAACAGAAGUAAUAAUAACAACAGUAGUAAUAAUAACAACAGUAGUAAUAAAAAUAAUGACAUUGUUGAUAAUAAAAACUAUUUUAAUACCCAGAACAGCAGAAAAUAUAAUAACGGUAUGGGGAAAAUGUCUUCUCGGAAUUUUGUAUUGAAAGAAGGGAAUAUUGGGAGUACAAAUUUAAGUAACGACAAUUACAAUCAGGGUUACAAAGAUGACGAUAAUAAUCGCGAUAUAAAAAACGGAGGAAAUAAUGGAGGUGAAUAUCACAAUGUUGAAGGGAACAAUAGCAUGAACAAUCAUGUAAACAGGAAUAAUGUGCGGGGUGAGCACAACAACCAGAAUAAUUAUGGGAAUAACAUGAAUGCACUGGAAGGUGCUGAAAAUGAGGCAGACAGGAAUGGUUACAACAGUAAUAGCAAUAACAAGCAGAGUAGCAAUAACGGUAAUAUGUACAAGUAUAGUAAUAACAGGGUACAGAAUAACAUUAGGGAAUACCUAAAUAGCGACAAGUAUAAUAACAGUUAUAAUAUAAACCAUUUAAGCACAAACAUAAAGAUGGGGAAUAGCAAUUUUAAUGAUACGUUACAUUCGGGUGGUGGUUCAUGUGUAGGUUUCAAAGAGAAAAAAGAGCACGAACAUGGCAAUAUUAUGUCAUCAUUAAAUGUAAAUAAUUUAAUAGAAUCAGAUCUUAUUGAUGUAAGAAGUAAUUAUGAAUAUUAUCCUAAUAAUCGAAAUAAUAAACAGGACACGGGAGAUCAUACUCAUGAUAAAGGUGCAGGUGAUAAACAUAAUGAUAAGAGAGGAGAAAAUAAUUAUAAUGGGGACGAUACUAACUAUGAGGGGGGAGUAAAUAAUUAUAAGGAGAAUGAUGUGAACUAUAAGGGGAACCAUACUGAUGAUAGGUUGAUAGAGAAUUAUGAAUAUAACGAUUCAACCAUGUUAGAAUAUGAUAAUUUUAAAGAAAAUGACCCAAAUAAAAAUACCAUAUGUAUUGAUAAUAUUAAUAAGAACAUUAAUUGCAUUAAUAAUGAUGUAGAUAAUAUAAAUAACAACAUUAAUAACAUUAAUGAUAAUCUUCAUAAAAUUAGUAGUACUGUACAUUUCAUUAAGGAUGAUCAUAUGAAUAGAAAAAAUCAAGUUUCAUUAAACAAAAUAGACAAUUUAGUAAACAAAAAUAUGCAAUCGAUAAAUCAUAUAUCAAGCUUUAUGCAAAGCAGUAGAAAAAAAACUAUGCCAUUAAAUAAAGAAGUUACAAAUUUUAAGAAUUCAAACGCGUUUAACGAUGAGAAAAAUAAUAAGGAUGGAAAGUCUUAUAAGGAUUAUAGCGACAAACUAAAAAAAGAAAAUAAUUUUGAUGAAUUUUUGGAGGAGGUGAAUUGUCAAAAAUAUGCUAAUAGUACAUAUACUGAAAAAGUAGAUGAUGAAUAUUGCUCAAAUGUGGAAAACAUUUUGACGAAUAAAAAUAUGGACGAUUCGUAUCAGUAUAAUAAGGAUGUAUAUAAUAACAGUGGUGAGGAUGUCAGUGGAAAACGAGGUGAUCAGGUAGCGAACAACAACAGCAACGUGGUCAGAAGCAACAGCAGAAGCAACAACAGUAAUAACGCUGGAAAUAAUAAUAAUGGUUACGAAAGUAGAAAUAAUAAGAACGCUGUUAUGAUACCGUCUGCACCACUUGCUCAUAACAAUACGAAAAUAAAUCAAGCAAAUGGAUACAGUAGUGAUAGUGACAUACUGCGCAAUCAUAACCAUAUAUUGGAAAACGAAGAGGAAAAACUGAGAAGACUUAAUUCACACACAGCUAUUACUUGUGAUCAUGAAGGCAAAUUGAAAACUCGUAACUACAGUAGUAACAUAUAUUACAAUGGUAAUAAUAAUAAUUAUAACAACUACGAAAAGAGCUAUGAUAAGAAGCAUGACAACAAUUAUGAUAACAAUUAUGACGACUAUGACAAUACUUAUAACGGUAGUUAUAAUAAUGAUGAUCGUGAUGAUGCACGGAUAUAUAGAGGUAAUGAAAAACAUAUCGUGAAAAAUAGAAAUCAAAAUAUCAUCUCUACUAAUAAAGAUAAUGAUAGGAAUGAAUAUAAAAAUAAUACAAUAUAUCUUAAAGCGGCAAAUCCGAAUAAUGAAUUGUUGGUAAAAGAAAAAAAUAAAGCUAAUUUUAUGAGUUUAGAAAAGAGUAACUACUUCCAUAAAAAUAAAAAUAAUAAUAGAAAUAACGGCAGUAAUGAUAACAGUAAUGAUAGCAAUAAUGAUACCAAUAAUGAUAAUAGUGCAUGUAACAAAAAUGUAUUCAAUACUUUGAAAAAUCAUCAUAUAAAUGCACCUAAUUUAGAGAGUGAACAUAAAAAUGUAAACGUAAAUGUAAAUAAACAUAGUAACAGUAAUGAUAAAUCAAAUAUGCUAGGGAAAAAUGCGAACAAAAAUGGGAACAAAAAUGCGAACAUGGUAAGGAUAAAAGGUUUUAUGAAAGAAAUACAAAAUUCGAAGGAGUCACGUAACAACAACAAUAACGACAACAGUAGAAGUAACACUCGUGGUGGUAGUAAUAAUAAACAGAGCAACUAUGUAAAUUACAACAACAAUAAAUACCUGAAUUCUAAAGAUGUUUCCAAUAAUGGCGUCCAACGAAGCAACAACAGUAACAACAGCAACAGCAAAAACAGCAAAAACAACAUAAUAGAACAGCUUGAUAAGACCUUGCUGAAUAAAUCAAUAAUGAUAAAUAAACAGAAAAAGAAAAUGGACAAAAACUAG